UCAUGUUUAUUCAUUAUGUCAAAGGUCAUCAAGUUUUACCACGAACUUCAAAACACUUCCGAAUUUACGCUCAAUCCAAAACAAAAAUGCAGCGAGAUUUAGGAAGUUUUCCAUUACCGCCUGUGAUCAGAGUCAAAUUGAAGGAUAGUGGCUUCAGUGUUGUGGAAGAUGUCAUUGAAAUGAAGCCUACAGAACUCAGUAGAGAGAUUGGCAUCUCUAAAGAGGAAUCCCUAGAGAUUUUAAAGAUGGUCAGAGAGUCAACAUCUUCAUCGUUGCCAUGCCAACCCAAGACUCCUAGCAACAGCGCAUCCUCAUCGUCGCAGCGGCAGCAGCAACAUCCAGAAGGCAACAAGAGGACUGUGACAGCCUUGGAAAUGCUCCGCUAUGAGAAAUCAUCCCCUGCUAUCGUCACAUUCUGUGAGGAUCUGGAUGAGAUGCUGGGAGGCGGGGUUCCUCUCUGCAAGAUAACGGAGCUUUGCGGAGCGCCUGGGGUUGGCAAGACACAGACCUGUAUCCAACUCGCUGUUGAUGUCCAAAUCCCACAAUGCUUUGGGGGAGUGGAAGGUGAAACUAUAUACAUUGAUACCGAAGGGAGUUUCCUACCACAGAGGGCAGCAGAUAUAGCAGUCGCGAUGGUCGGACACUGCAGACGUAUUGCCGACACAAACGAUGAAGAGCAACAGACAGCCUUAGCUGAGUUCUCAAUGGAGAAGCUGUUGUCUGGUAUUCAUUGCUUCCGUUGCCAUGACUACACUGAGCUCCUCGCAUUGGUCAACCUACUCCCAGAAAUUCUUGACAAGCAUAAAAAGGUGAAAUUGAUCGUGAUUGACAGCAUUGCGUUCCACUUUCGACACGAUUUUGAUGAUUUUUCUUUGCGGACGCGACUCCUAAACGGCUUGGCACAGAGUCUUAUAAAAAUUGCCUCAGAUUACAGACUUGCUGUUGUGUUAACCAACCAGAUGACAACUCACAUUGGUAACGGACCUUCCCAUCUCAUCCCAGCAUUAGGGGAAAGCUGGGGGCAUGCAUGUACCAUUAGAAUCAUCCUCUUCUGGAAAGACAAUCAAAGGUACGCCAACCUUUACAAGUCCCCCAACAAGCAAGAGAUGACUGUGCCAUAUCAGAUUACAAUGGACGGAUUAAGGAGUGUUCCAAGAUUGGAGAAUGAGCAAGCAUCAACAUCAACGUCAUUCAGACAUGACGAGCCUCAAGAUGGAAAUGAAGACGACCACUUGAACCCUUGCAAGCGACUCAGACCCAGUGAGAAUCAAAGAUGACUGACCUGGUUUCUACUGUAGCAAUUCGUGUAACUUUCUCAGACUUGAAUGAUAUUCACACUGCAGUAAAAUUUUACAAAAGUGCAUGCCACUAGGGAAUCAAGUUUUCAUGAUGACAGCACUUAUGAUAGAGCCUUCAAAGGUUACAUAUUAUUGAAAUGAUUUGCUCAGAAGAUACAGGUUACCAGCCAAUAGUUCAUGCAAUGUGUAUUGCCUUUGGCUGGUUCUCAGCUUACUGUUGCCUGCCACAUUACUUUGUCAUGUACAGUUGAACACUUUUAUAUAAACAAGGUCCUUGGGACUUUACAAAUUACCUUGUUAUAACAGGCACCUUGUAUUAUCAGUAAUGGAAAACGAAGAAAAACAAAGACUUGGGACCUAAAAUUGCGCUUGUUUUAAGCAGGAUGGUGUAUAAACGUGCUCUUCUUAUCAGCGUUUGACUUGUAAUUUCGGUCGUUAUAUCGUGUGCUUAGAUACUGUGAUUUCAUUAGCCUACGACGGCCACGUGUCUGGACAGUAAAAAUGCCUGUCACACACUGGGGGUGAUGUCUCACUGCGUUCUUUACGUGCACUGCGCGCCUGCCGGUGCGCUAGCUUUGCUGUUUUUCUCGGAAUAUACAGCUGAAGCUGAGCUGAAACUUCAUCAGGUUACUUGUUCAGUAUCCUUCAUUAGAUUUUGAACACUUUUGUUGCUUCAAACGAACAAAAUGCACAAAUUACAAAUGAUGGACUAUAUCUUUAAGAGCAUAUCCCACAUCACAGCAGUCAACAAUUGUUCACUUAAAAGAGAGCUUAGCAUGAUUUUUUGCUCAGAAGUAUUUGUUUUGCAAAGCAGCUUCAUGCAAUCUGUUUACAAAUUCACUUUGAUUUCUUAAAGAAAAUGUAUUGUUGCCUCCGGCAGGAAUCGAACCCAUUACCAGCUACUUACUGAUGCAGACAUCUUGUUCCUAAACUAUAGAGGGUGCAGCUACACCUACUCACAAAAGCUACGGAAGAACACAAUUAGUCUUUAAAUGGUUGUGGAAGAUCAUGUACAAACUGUAAAUAUUUAUUAAAGAUGUUCUAUUUACAAGUGUUUAUUUACACAUUUAAAGCCAGUUUGGUAUUCCUAAAUAGUCUGGUGCACAGCAAGAUUC